AUGGCUAGAACCAAACAAACAGCAAGAAAGUCCACUGGUGGUAAGGCCCCAAGAAAGCAAUUGGCUUCUAAGGCUGCCAGAAAAUCCGCUCCUUCUACUGGAGGUGUUAAGAAGCCUCACAGAUAUAAGCCUGGUACUGUCGCUUUGAGAGAAAUUAGAAGAUUCCAAAAGUCUACUGAACUUUUGAUCAGAAAGUUGCCAUUCCAAAGAUUGGUUAGAGAAAUUGCUCAAGACUUUAAGACCGAUUUGAGAUUCCAAUCUUCUGCUAUCGGUGCUUUGCAAGAAUCCGUUGAAGCUUACUUGGUUUCUUUGUUUGAAGACACCAACUUGUGUGCUAUCCACGCCAAGAGAGUGACUAUCCAAAAGAAGGAUAUCCAGUUGGCUAGAAGAUUGAGAGGUGAGAGAUCAUAG